AUGGAGCCGUUCUCCUGCCUGCCUGUUCUCGUGGGGCUUUUCUUCGCCUCCUGCGCCCACGGCCAAGGCGCCGUGGCGGGGACCACAAGCGGCUCGAGAGCUCUGCAGCCCUGGCUGGUGGGCCUUGCCGCCGUCCUCGGCUUCCUUGGUGUGAUGUUCGUGGCCAGCCUCAUCAAUCGCUUCUUCUUCUCCUCCAAGAAAAAGGAUGGCGAAGAGAAAAUGAUAAGCACCGAACUUCGCCCAGGCAACGUUUACGACAACAUCGCCAUGGAUCCCGAAGAGGGGAGCUCCAACGGAAAGGAGCUAGAUAGCGACAAGGUGACCAGCAUGUAAGGUCCGGCUUGUGGGGGUGAAGGACGAGGAAACUCAGCCGGGUGCCGAUGUGUCUGGGCGCAUGGUGCCGAAUUCCCCCGUUUGGCCCAGCUCCGACAACCUCUCCGAGUCUUGACCGCCUCUGCCUCUAGGGAUAAGGAGAUUUCAGUUC